AUGCCACCAAUUGAACCAAAAAUUCUAAAAAGUCUGCAAAAAGAACCGUAUUAUAUUAGAAAUAUAUGUUUAUUAGCACAUGUUGACCAUGGGAAGGGAACAGACAGACUUAUUGCUUCUAAUCUUAUCAUUUCAAAUAAAAUAGCAGGUUCUAUAAGAUAUUUAGAUAGCAGAGAAGACGAAAUAACCAGAGGAAUCACGAUGAAAUCUAGUGCAAUCUCAUUAUAUGCAAAAAUAAUAGGAAAAAAUGAAACCAAUUCAGAAUACCUAAUUAACCUUAUCGACUCACCAGGACACGUAGACUUCAAUUUUGAAAUCUCAGCAGCAUCGAGAUUAUGCGAUGGGGCUUUAAUUAUUAUUGAUGUAAUCGAAGGUUGUUGUAGUCAAACAAUAUCGAUGCUUCAUCAUGCAUGGAUAGAAAAAUUAAAACCAAUACUAAUAUUUAACAAAGUAGACAGGUUUAUACUAGAACUACAUCUUUCACCGGAAGAAGCAUAUAUACAUUUAUUACAAUUAUUAGACCAAGUAAACAAUAUUAUGAAUUCUUUUUUUACAGAAGAAAAAUUAAGGAAUCUUGAAAAAAACGAACUUUUAGAAAAACAAGAAACUAAUGUCAUCAAUAAUACACAUUCACUAUCGUAUGAAACAAUAAGCGAACUAUAUUUUUCACCUGAAAAAGGGAAUGUCAUAAUCUCUAGCGCUUUAGACGGCUGGGGCUUCCGAAUCAAUCAAUUCGCAGAAAUAUACGAAAAUAAAUUAGGGAUUAAACAAUCUAUAUUAAAUAAAACUUUAUGGGGACCUUUUUAUUUAGAUCCAAAAACAAAACAUAUUUUACAGCCUAAAGAUUUAAAAGGAAGAAAUAUUAAACCGAUGUUUGUUAAACUUAUUUUAGAAAAUAUCUGGGCAAUAUAUGAUUCGAUUAUCCUAAACAGGGACCAAAAUAAAAUUGAAAAAAUAAUUAAAAAUCUUGAACUUAAAAUUCCACGCCGUGAAAUCCUUUCAAAAGAUCCUAAAUGUCUUCUUACGUCAAUAUUUUCACAAUGGCUUUCAUUAUCAACAUCAGUUAUACUUUGUAUAAUUGAACAAAUACCUUCGCCAAAAAAAUCACAAGAACAACGCUUACCUUAUAUACUAGCAUCUAGUCCAAAUUAUGACUCAGUUCCGUCAUAUAUAUAUAACUCAAUUAUAGAAUGUUCAACGUCCAACCUAUCACCUGUUAUAGGUUAUAUUAGUAAACUAGUCCCUAUAGACAUUAAAGAAUAUCCAGAAAACCAAAAAACGAAUAUAGAAUCGGAAAAUGAAAUUCAGAAAAUUCAAUUUAAAAUACCUGAAAUGAGUUUUCUAUCAUAUCAAACAGAUAAUAUGAAAUCAUCAUAUGUUUCGAUGAAUAAUGAAUUACGUUUUUUUAAAAAAACUCUCAAACACGCCGAAAACAAUUGUUUUAUAGGUUUUGCAAGAUUAUAUAGUGGAGUUAUAACUGUAGGACAAGAACUUUAUAUUUUUAAGCCAAAAUAUGAUCCUAAAACACCAGAAAAAAAUAUGUCUAAAAUAGUAGUUUCUAGCCUAUAUCUGUUUAUGGGUAAAGAAUUAAUACCAAUUGAAAAAGUUUAUGCAGGUAAUAUAUUUGGAAUUGGAGGACUAGAGAAAAGUAUUUUAAAAAGUGGAACUAUAUCCUCUUUAACCGUUAGUUAUAAUUUAUCAAGUAUCAUAAAUAAUACACCUAUUGUUAGAGUAGCUAUUGAACCAAAAUCACCAUCAGAUAUGGAAAAACUUAUAGAAGGUCUUGAAUUACUUGACCAAGCAGAUCCAUGUGUUCAAAUACAACAUGAAGAUUCAGGAGAACACGUAAUUUUAGCAGCAGGGGAACUUCAUCUGGAAAAAUGUUUGAAAGAUUUGUGCGAAAAAUUUGCAAAAAUAAAUAUUCAUGUUUCAAGACCUAGUGUUCCAUUUCGAGAAACUAUUGUAAGAUUAAAAGGUAAAACAUAUUACAUUUUGCAGCUAUUCAUUAAUAUACUUAUUGAUUCUGCAACAUUCAAAGAAAAUGGCAUUUUAAAAGGCAUAGUAGAAAUUUCAGUACCUCUAGCCAACAUAAAAAUAAAACUUAGAGUAUAUCCUUUACCUCAAAAUAUUACAGAAUAUAUAUAUUCAUUUUCAAAAAUAAUCAAAAAUGUAUAUAUGUAUUCUAAAAUAAACAAUACAAUAGUCACAGAUUCGUCGAUUACAGACUUUAAUGAACUGAAACUAGAGAAUUUUAAAAAACAACUAUUUGAAAAAUUUUGUUCAGUAAAAGAAACAGAUAUUGAUUGGACAAAAAUAUAUGAAAAGAUUGUUGCAUUUGGACCUAAUAAAACCGGACCAAAUAUACUGGCAGAUAAUACAGGGACAAUGAAAAAACUCUUCCACAAUAAUAUUAAUAUAAAUAAAAACAUUACUAAUAUAGACAGUAAUUUCCAUAGUUUAUCAUUUAAUGAAAUAGAAAAACACAUAAACACCGGGUUUCAACUAUCAGUAUUACAUGGACCUUUAGCAGAAGAACCGAUCCAUGGUAUUUCUAUAUUUAUUGAAAGCAUCGAACUUAAUAAUAUUAAUUAUGACAAUUCAAAAAUAGGACAAAUUACUAGUCAUUUAAUUUCAUCCUUUAAAGACGGAAUCAAACAAGGUUUUUUAGACUGGUCUCCACGUUUAAUGCUUUCUAUGUAUACAUGUUAUAUUCAAGCGCCUAGUGAUGUUUUAGGAAAAAUUCAUGCAAUUAUUUCUAAACGCAAAGGACGUAUUAUUUCAGAAGAAUUAAAAGGAAUUUUAUAUUCAGUAAAAGCAUUAUUACCAGUAAUCGAAUCAUUUGGUUUUUCAGAAGAUAUACGGAAAAAAACAUCUGGCGCAGCUAAUCCACAAUUAGUAUUUAGCGGAUUUGAAAUUUUAAACCAAGAUCCAUUUUGGAUAUCUACAACUAAAGAACUAGAAGACGACGGAAGCAUUGAAAAUAAAGAAAAUGUAUCUCGAAAAUAUAUAAACGAUAUAAGAAAAAGAAAAGGACUUUUUAUAGAUGAAAAGAUAGUUUCUCGAGCGGAAAAACAAAGGACACUUAAACGGUAA